AUGUCACCGGAUUCCUCGCUUUAUGCGCCAGGUCCGUCUUCCCACAGAAACACGGACGAGACGAACUCAAUCCGCUUCCACUCCUACCCACGCCUGGCCAUCGCCACCAUGGCCAACGGCGACGAUGACAAUGCCUCGCGCGAUUCUGCGCCCGACCUCCAGAUCCUCGGCGACCAGAUCACCCUCCAGCCCUCGGGCUACGUCGAGCCUCCCGUACCACAUCCAAGCCACGCUGUUCACGAUGCCACUGUCGACGACGACGCCGAAGCCGAGAAGGAGGAGGCCCUCAUGAAACACACCGCCCACUUCCGCUCCGAGCCUCUGCAGUUCCUCCGCGAAGUCUCGCUGUAUGUGUCCGGCACAGGCUGGCGCGCCUACGACGAUGUCAUUGGCCAGCCCAUCUUCUACUCGGGCUUCUCCGAGAACAUGAAAAACGCCAUCCUGUCUGCACCUUUGCUCAACGCCCGGAUAUCCAAGUUGGCGGAGCGGAGGCUGGCCGUGGAGGAGAGCAAGGGCUUGUUGGGAGACAGAACCAAGGACAGCCGGGAGUAUGACAUCCGAAAGGCCCAGCGACGGAGUUUCCUCGAAAGUGGCCUGCGGGAGGUUGCCGACAAAUGGACAGACCAGAUGAUCUGCAAAUUCGAGAGCAAGACCUUCAUCAGGGGCGCCUACUAUCUCGUCACUCAGCUCCUGACCAGGGCAUAUCACCAAGGGAUACACGUGUCGUCCGAGGAGGUCUUGCGACUGCGGAGAGUCGCCGAAAAGGCUGCCGCCAACAAGCAGAGCAUCGUCUUCCUGCCUUGUCAUCGGUCGCACGUCGAUUAUGUCUCCAUGCAGCUCAUCUGUUAUCGCCUUGGGAUUGCUCUGCCUGUUGUCGUUGCUGGUGACAACCUGAAUUUCCCGCUGGUGGGCAGUUUUCUGCAGCACGCUGGCGCAUUCUAUAUCCGGAGAGCAUUUGGGGAUGACACCCUAUACACGACCCUUGUUCAGACUUACAUCGAUACUUUACUGCAGGGUGGUUUUAAUUUUGAGUGUUUCAUUGAGGGCGGACGUUCAAGAACCGGAAAGCUGUUGUCACCAAAAUUUGGUAUACUGGGCUUCAUCAUUGACAGCCUGUUGUCCGGCCGGGUCAAUGAUACCAUCAUAUGCCCGGUCAGCACACAAUAUGACAAGGUUAUUGAAACCGAGGGCUAUGUCACAGAGUUGCUCGGUGUGCCCAAGAAAAAGGAGAACCUUGCAGACUUCCUGAGCAGCGGCGGGUCCGUAUUAUCACUGAGACUGGGCCGAGUUGACGUGCGUUUCCACGAGCCUUGGAGCCUGCGAGGUUUCAUCAACGAGCAGCUCACAAGGCUUAACCAUCCUCCGAAAUCUCUCAAGGUAGAUAUAGACCCCAGCAUUCGCCAAAAGCUCCUCCGCAUUCUCGGAUAUCGAGUCUUGGGCGACAUCAACGACGUCUCCGUGGUGAUGCCUACUGCCCUUAUCGGAACCGUCCUGUUGACCUUGCGCGGCCGUGGCGUUGGCAAGACCGAGCUUGUACGGAGGGUAGAGUGGCUUAUCGAGAGAGUUCGCGCUAAGGGUGGGCGUGUGGCGCACUUUGGCAAUGCUCCGCUAUCUGAGGUGAUCGACCGAGGCCUCGAAGUGCUCGGCAAGGACCUGGUUGGCGUCGUCGAUGGCCUUCCGGAACCGACCUACUACGCUGUCGAUCGCUUCCAGCUGAGCUUUUACAGGAACAUGACCAUCCACUUGUUCAUAACCGAGGCGUUAGUCUCGGCGGGCAUGUACACUCGCGUCAAGCAGGGCGGUGGGCCAGCCAUCCAAGACAUUUCGUACAGGGACUUGCACGAUCAAGUCCUAUUCCUCAGUUCUCUUUUCAGGGGGGAGUUCAUCUUCUCAGGCGAAGGACUGGCGGUCAAUCUGAACAAGACGCUCGCUGGCCUUGAAGCUGACGGCGUCCUGACUCUAAAGCGGGACGAGCAGGGCCAGGUCACGACUGUGGGGCUGUCUGACCAGGAGAGAAGGCAGAAUGAGGUGUGGAUCGAGGUAUCCAAGGCACAAAAUAGUGCUCAAAUUCUCGGCAAAACUCUCUACCACCAGGGCGACCUUUCUUACUUCGAAGCCGUGAACAAGGAAACCCUCAAGAACGCGUACACACGCUUCGAAGAGGAGGGCAUUAUCCAAGUCGUCAAGUCCAGAGACACAAAGAUCCCGCCACGGCUGCGCCUAGCGCCCGAGUGGCAGCCGGCCCGCGACUCAGAGACCGGUGACCUCAGCGCCAUAGGCUCUCGGCUAUGGAACUUCACGGAGAAGAUCGCCAGCAGCCGGCGCGAGGGCAAGAAUAGGCGCGACGGUGCGACGGUAAGCACGAGAGUGGUUCGGCUGACGGACCUGCUUGGGCGCAAACUGUUCGAGGAGGCAGUGAGCGGUGCCGAGGGCAAGGGCAAGGGCAAGGGGAAGGGGAAGGAGAAGGCCAGCUAUCCCACCCUGAGCAGCGAGGAUGCGCUGGUUCUCAAGAGGACUGUCCGGGAGCAGCGCCGGCGGAGGAGCCUAGAGAAGAGGGCGCGGCUGUAG